AUGUGGGAUGCCUUGCAUGACGUGGCGUUGGUGAUUCUGCUUCUUGCCAGUGACAUAUCUCUGGUUAUAGGGCUGACUGUUGAAGAGGAUAAGAGCAUUGCGUGGAUUGAAGGCGCGUUCAUUUUGGGCGUAGUGGCGAUUGUGGUACUUGUCGAUAGCAUAAACAUCUACCAGAAGGAGAAACAGUUUCGCGAGUUGAACAACGUGAAGGGGGACGAGAAAGCAAACAUGUUGCGCAGUGGUAAUGCUUGCCAGAUAUCUAAGUUUGACAUAGUGGUUGGAGAUAUUAUCUGUCUGGAACAGGGCGCUGAGGUAGUUGCGGAUGGUAUCAUCACCGAUGCCCACUCACUUCUCAUCAACAAGAGCUCGCUCACCGGAGAGGCUGACGAUAUUGCAAAGGCCCCUGACUCGGCAAGCACAAUAGUGCUCAGUAGCACUUUAGUCAUGGACGGAGUGGGCCGUAUGCUGGUGCUGGUGGUGGGUGAGAAUUCGCAGGCGGAUAUCAUUAAAAUGCAACGCGAUGAAACGCACCCACGUGCUACCAGCGACUUGCAUCGGAUAUGA